AAACAACACUACUGGUGUAAAUUUUUUUUUUGAUUCCCCUCUUUGAUUUUCAUCGCUAGAUAUCUUGCUUCUCUUUUUGGUUUAUGGUUUUAAUGAUGGGGAUAUUGCUCCUUGUUUUGUUAAAUCAUUAUUAUAAUUGAAAUUUUAGAAAGAAGUGAUCAAGUUGAAAAAUGGAAGUUCCUCGCGAAACUCCCGUGCUGCUGGAAUCUAAACCCUUGGAAAUGGCUGAGGAAUUUGAGUCCAGAAGAUUAAUGGAGGAAAACAUCAUAGCAGCUUUGAAGGACGAAAAUAUCAACACAAUUGGAAUUUGUGGGCUUGGGGGCAUAGGUAAGACAAGAAUGGCGGGACGAAUCGGGGAGAAGGUGAAAGGUGAGAAACUGUUCAAAUCUGUUGUGUUGGUAUGGGUUGGCCCAAUUUUUGACCCAGAGAGGAUUGCAUAUGAGAUUUCUGAUUAUUUGGGUGUUAAAGUGGAAGUGGGGAAUUUUAUGGCCACAGUAAAUAAAUUGCGGUGUAGAUUGCUUGUGGAAGAGAGGAUUCUGAUAAUACUGGAUGAUGUUUGGAAGAUACUAGAUUUAGAGAAAGUUGGAAUUCCGCUGCACAAGCACAAGGGUUCGUGCAAAAUCUUGAUAACUUCCAGAUUGAAGGAUGUUUGCUUGGCUAUGGGAGCUAAUGCGAUUUUUGCAGUGCAAAGCUUAACAGAAGAGGAAGCAUGGAGUCUUUUAAGAAAGAUAGUUGGCGUCUCUAUGGACUCUUCUGAUAUAUAUCCUUUAGCAAGAUCUGUUGCACAGAAAUGCAAAGGCUUGCCACUUGCCCUUAAUGUUAUUGGGAGACAUUUGAAGGAUAGUAGCAAGGUUUGCCUAGGAUCUAUUGCAGAAAACAAUCUGAACCCAGCUUUGUCAUAUGAGUCUAAGCUGCUACAGGAAAUGGAUGCUCGGGGUGGUUUAUUUGGUGAAGGGAUUGAAACAAACAUCAACUUAAUACGCAAGAUGAGUCUGAAUGUAUCAUUACCACCAGGACUAAUGAAAUCCAGUAUUACCACGAAAUUAUAUCGUCCCUUACGUGUGCUCCCGUUCAAACUUGCGGCAUCAGAUCUUAAAGGUACUGAUGAAAAUGUGAAAAAAACUCUGUGGGUCUUUGAUGAUGUGUAUACCGCAUUACGCCAUGGUAUGGAUUCAGCAUUGGAGUCAUUGGUCACAUUAGAUCUUUCUAAUACUGAUAUUCGGGUAUUGCCUGGGAUAAUGAAAAAACUUGUCAAUCUGGAAUUGUUAGUUUUGACAAAUUGUCACAAUCUCCAAUAUAUUGAACCAGGUCUUAUAUCAAGUUUUGAUCGUUUGAAAGAACUGUACAUGUUGGGCAGCUUCAGUGGAUGGGAAGUAGAGAAAGAAGGAAAAAGAGUGGGAAAUGCUUCAAUUAAUGAACUCGCGCUCUUGCCUAACUUGACUGCUUUACAGAUUCAGAUACAAGAUCAAAAUAUUAUUGCGCAAAAUUCAAAAAUCUGGUCAAGGUUGACUGUUUAUGUAAUAUCAACACCUGAAGAGCUCAAAUGUCGAUUCCAAGAAUCUUCUCAUCUCAGCUUCCCUGCUGUACACCUUGAUGAUUACUAUGGGGAAUUUCUGGGAGCAAUGGACUUCUACCUUCCAAGUCUUACUCCUUUAGUGGAUUGGCUUUGUGUCAUGUUGAGGAGUACUGAAAGUUUGCGUUUAGCUGGAGUUGGAUCUAAAAAUGCAGUGGAUGAGUUGAUUCCAGAGGGUUUUAAGCUCUUGAAACAGUUGGAGAUACGUAACUGUAGCAUAAUGGAAUACCUUGUGAAUGGAGCUGAUCAGGUGCUGCAGACAAAUGGUCUCUUUCCUGUUCUAGAAUCACUGUGUCUUCAAGACCUUCCCCUGUUUAUGGAGGUAUUCCAUGGUCAAUUUCCAGUGGCCAUGUUUGGGAAACUAAGAAAUCUGAAACUGCUUAAGUUACCUUCCUUGGUGCAUGUCUGUAGAAACCCAACUCAAAGUGUUUCAGUUUCCAACCUCAGGUCUGUUCAUAUAUCACAUUGUCCCAAAUUAAAGAGUUUAUUCUCAUUAUCCACGGCUCAGGGUUUGGUGCAACUCGAAGAAAUUAAAAUAGAGAAUUGUGAAAUAAUGGAAGAAAUCUUUUCUGGGGAAGGGCCUGAAGAUGGCAAUAUUAGCUGCAACAAGAUCGAGUUUGCCAAAUUAAAUUAUAUAGAGCUUGAUACCCUUCCUAACUUCACUGGUUUAUGCAAAAGUGUGAGGAUUGAUUUUCCCCAGUUGAGAGAGUUCUGCAUUCAAAGCUUGCGAAAGCUCAUAACACUUUGUCCUAAUGAGAGCGACCUUAUCUUUAGAGGCAAUGAUGAUAAUGAUGAUAGUGUCAUGCAAUGUCUAUUCACUGAGAAGAUUGCAUUUGGUAGCUUAAAGAAGUUGGAAAUUACUGAGUUGGAUAGUGUGACUAACAUCUGGUGCCACCAACCUACUACAAGCUGGUUCAGUGAACUUGAAGUACUGGUGGUUAUGUCAUGUGACACUUUGAGAAACUUAUUCUCUCAUUCCAUUGCCAAAGUUCUUGUACAACUGAAACACAUGAUAGUAGAAAAGUGUGUCAUAAUGCAAGAAGUUAUAGCAGAGGAUUGUGAAAUAGGACAACCAGAAAGUAAUGAAUCAUUGUUUCCUCAACUGAAAGUAUUAGAACUUCGGAGGCUGCCACUACUUGAGAGUUUUUGUCACAUGAUUAAAGAUUUGGAGUUACCAUCACUGGAAGAUGUGACUCUUUACAACUGCCCAAGAGUGAAGGAAUUUUCUGGAGGACAUUUAAGUAUGCCAAUGUUAAAAUGCGUGAAAAGAGACCACUCAGUAUAUAGAAUUGAUGGUAUAAUUUAUACCGUAGAACAUCUCUUCAAUGAAAAGCACCUAUUUGUUCAUCAGUCCUGGCCCUUUCACAAACAAUAUCAGGCUACGGAAGAAGAAUUCAUGGAGGAAGAGAUCAUGAAAGGAUCAAUUCAUUCCCAUCCAGAAUUGAGCAACCAGGCUACUAGAGGCAAUGCAUGUGCAAGUUUUCAAUAUGACGAGAAUCAGAAGAGUCUUUGCUUGGCUUCAAGGCAAAGCACCAUUACUGAAGAAGUUGAUGCAGAUUCCCCCGAAAGCUAUUCGUUUGAACUAGAGGAGAAAAUAAGGGAUAAAGAUGUUUCUGCAGGCCAUUCUUAUGAAGGAGCAAAAGAAGAUGAAGCGAAAGCAGAGGAAAUUAGGCAUGAGGCAAAGUUGGAAGUAUCUACAGACGUGGUAUUGCGUAAUGAAAAGUACUUGAAAGAUUUCAUUUUGUUUUGCUCAAUAUUUCCAUCUGAUUAUGAAUUCACCAAGGAUAUGUUAGUUUGGCAAUGGAUAGCUGAAGGUUUGAUAAAUUUGGGAGAAGAUGAAAUAAUGGAAGGAGAAUCUAUCCGGUGCUUUGAUACUUUGUUGAACUUGGGUUACAUUAUGCCAGCUGGAUAUAAUCAUCGCAUUGACCAAAUGAAGUAUAGAGUUGGUGAAGAAAAGGUGAAUGCUUUCAUUCCAAAGCAACAGUACUUAGAACCUAAGUUUCAGAAAUAUUUGGACACUGAAGAGAUCACUGAUGUGCUCAAAGUUGACCACUUGUCUUUGGCCUUUAAGCAAAUUGAUUGCAUUAAUUUUGGGACUAUCAAACAGUGUGGUCAACUGAAGAUGCUGAGUAUUCACCGCUGUUAUGGGUCUAAAAUGAAAAAUCUUCUACCAUCCGAUCUUUUCUUGGAGUUGCAGGCCUUAAAGAUCUUAAAUUUGAGUCACACAGACAUAAUGGGACUACCAAGUUCUGUUGAAAAUUUGAAGGCAUUGCAAUGUCUUGACAUGUAUGCGACACCUAUUAGGGGUUUGCCUGAGUCCAUACGUUGCCUUAGCAAUUUGCGGACUUUAAACCUCGAUGGUUGUUUGAGCCUCAUGACAUUGCCCAAAUGCACGAGUAUGUUGAUUAACCUGCGGCAUUUGGUUCUUGAUAUUGUGGGCCAGUUGCAGUCAAUGCCUGCAGGGAUUGGAAAAUUAUCCAAACUACGCACACUAAGGGCAUUUUUGGUCGGAGAGGAUGAAGGUAGUCGCAUAGGAGAGCUGAAGGACAUGAACAAGCUGAAAGGAUCACUUCUUAUAUCAAAUCUUGAGAAUGUUUCAACCAAGGAAGAGGCUGCAGAGGCUUACCUUUGUAACAAACAGGACCUUAAAAAGAUUGAAUUGCAGUGGAGUGAUCUUCAAGAUAACAAGAACCCAGAUGAAGAGGAAAUCUUGGAGUCUCUUCAACCCCCUCUUGGAAUCGAGGAGUUGAAAAUAUUCUUCUACAGUUUGGGGAAUUGCCAGCUCUGAAAUUUCUCUCUAUCCUUGAAAUGAAUGAGGUCAUAGAAAUCAACAGUUUCUUCUGUCGCAGGAAUCAAAUUACUAAUCAGCAUCGUCAUGUCGCAUUUCCUAAGCUCGAAAAACUAUCAUUUGAUUCGAUGGCCAAACUAGAAAAAUGGACAGGGGUCGUGAAUGGGGACUUCCCUUAUCUCCGCCACCUCAUUAUAGCACAUUGUGGAGAAUUGGUUGUUCUUCCGUUUCUUUCACAUCUGAACUCCCUUUUGCAUGUGGAAAUAAGUAACUGCCCACAACUCUCAUGUUUGCCUGAAGGUGGAUUGCCUCCCACACUUGAACUUUUGAUGAUUAAAGAUUGUCCAAAGCUAAAAGAGAGGUGUUGUAACGACCAAUGCGACGAUUGGCCUAAGGUUGCUCGUAUUCCUGCAUUUUAUAUCAACAAUCAGAAGGUUUCUGUGUAAGUGUAAGUUAGUGUUCUUGAUUUCUUUAUCAUUCAGAGUUUUAACUUGUCAUUGUAAUUGAUCUCUCUAGUUGUGUUGUGCUGCUAUAUUCAUCUGCUUUAAUGCCAUUGUGAAUCCUGCUGUUGUAUCAAUUGAUCAAAGGCGCAUUGUCCAGGGAACUUGUAUUGUUCUGAACAAAAUAAUGCAUAUGCCAUAUGUUGUUUUCUUAA